ACGGGAACAAGUAAUUGCACAAAAUAAUUUAUUCUCAAACUUUCUCGCAUAUUCUCAAAAUUAUUACGUAUAUUAUUGUAAAAGGACCCCUUGAUGAUCUUUACAUAUGGAUAGCGUUAAAUUCUUUUAUUGUUAAAUUAAGGAGAGGUGGUUGAUCAGAUUUUCGUGAUGCGAUCAUAUUAACGUAAUUUCCCCCAAAAGGACACUUCCAAAUCGAUCUUGCGAUUUAUAUAAAAGGAGCUGGCCCAGAUAGUGAACCCUUUUAACUGCUUGCGCAAAUAUAAGCAAAUAAUUAAGCGGAACUAUAAAACAUAAUCAAACUAACCAAUAAUCACCGUUAAUAUUUCUGAUCAAACUAAUUCAUUUUCCCGACCCUUUAGAUGUACAAAGCGGGCAUAUUUCUUUUCUUGUUUUAUAUCGGCACUUUGAUCCUCGCCGAGAAAAUCACGAUUGCCGGCACGUGGCAAGACAGCGCAGUAAAAUACUACAGAGAAAUAAAUCACAUGACCAUAAUUUCAGCCGGGGCGCCCCUGCCGAAAAAUCUUACUUAUAUUGGUAAAACUAUAUUAUGUGCCCAUGAGUCGGCAGGAAUUUGGCGCAGUAUAACAAAUAAAAUUUCUGGCAAUAAAAUAAUAACCAUCUUCACGUGCCAAAUUCUUGAAACUUUGCGCAGUAUCGUAACGGCGAUAACUCAGAAAAAAUUAAGCAAUAAAUUUCUCAGUGUUAAUCUCCCGAAUUAUCCAUAGAUUCGAAAUUACUUAAUCCCCGAGAAGUUUCAUUACGGGGAAUAUUAUUUUACAUAAUCUGCGUGUUUGGGAGAGAUAUAGAUAGACAAAAAUCC